ACUGUCCCAGGCCCUCUCCCAGGUCCUCUCCUGGCUCAGGCAGCCCCAGCCACCGAGCAGCCCCAGGACGAGGGCUCACCACUGGGCAUGGAGGCGCAGGACGGGUCCCUGGGGCUGGAGGAACUGUGCAAACCGCUGUACUGUAAACUUUGCAAUGUUACACUCAAUUCGGCUCAGCAAGCCCAGGCUCACUACCAGGGGAAGAACCACAGUAAGAAGCUGAGAAACUUCUACGCAGGCAGUCAACAGCCACCUGCCGUCAGGGUCCCCGAGGUCCUCGAGGCGGCGGGACAAAUGGCUCUCGGCUCAGGGCAGAAUGAAGGCGACCCAGGCAGACAGGCACUGUAUAAAGGGGCUACUCGGGUCAUUUUGGCCACGGAAAAUGACUACUGCAAGCUGUGUGACGCCUCCUUCAGUUCACCUGCGGUAGCACAGGCCCACUACCAGGGCAAGAACCACGCCAAGAAGCUGCGACUGGCAGAGGCUCAGCACAACGCCAAUAAUGUGGAAAGCAGCGAGGUGUCCCAGCGAAGAAACAGGAAAGACGGCAGUGAGUACAGACUGGUGAGGAACCGCCGCAGUCCACAGGUGCCUCCUUCGAUGCCAGGGCCCUACUACAACCCCAGACCACGGCAGCGUAUCCCCAGGGACCUGGCCAUGUGCGUGACGCCUAGCGGACAGUUCUACUGCUCCAUGUGCAACUGUGGUGCCGAGCAGGAGGCGGACUUCCGCCUGCACCUGGAGAGCAAACAGCACAAAGCUAAAGUCUCGGAGCUGAGGUACCGAAACGAGAUGGAGAACCUGGGUUACAGCUAAGGGACGCGAGGACGCGAAUGAUGGCGGGGGGAAGAGAGGAACAGGAGAGGUGCGGAGAUGACUAGGAGAGGAGGA